AAAAUGAGCACGUCAACUCUUGAUCAUUUUAGAAAUGUACUUCUGAAGUUUUUUAGAAUAGAAAUUUAUCAGCAUUCAACAGCUUGGACAGAUGGCAUAAAGGUAUAGAAUUAAGCACUACGGAUGGCAUUGUGUUUCGAUUCUACGAAAAUCGUGGUUCCAUGCCAAUACCAUUUGAUGGAUGUCCGUUCGUGCAAUUGGGAACAGAAGUAAGAGAAUGCCACUACGGUCCUAAUAGGAAGGAAAGAAAGAAAGCUCAGCCGAAUGAUCCCGAACAUGCAUACGCCGGUGGCAAGAGGAAAAUAAUUCAAAACACAAAGAAACACGGCUGUUGCUGCCAGAUUCGAAUGAAAACCAUCUUGCGGUUCCCAGACUAUAAGCUUGAAGGCACAGACACAAGGCGGAAAAGACAGGCUGUCAUAGAUCGGCUAAAAUCAGCUGAAGUCUCUUCUUUGAGAGGCGAAGUGUGUGUUCUUGUUGCCUAUGUUGGAACCCACGAACAUCACGUAAUGGGCGAGGAGGCUGGCUAUGGGCAGCGCCUGGACAAAGAGAUUUUGCAAAAGAUAAAGGAACUUGCAAUGAAGGAGGGCAUAACAAAUGCCACUGAAAUGAAAAGCCACAUAGCAUUGUUUGUGAAGAGCAAGUACAGUCACAUUCCCAAGUCAAACAGAAGAUUUCAUCCAACUAUGCAGGACCUUCGAUUCCACAUAUCUUCUGCUUUGAAAAGCAAUAUACACUGUUAUGAUGAUCAGGGAAAUUUGACUGCUUUAAUUUCUGAAUGGAAGAAGGAAUCUCCUUCAGACAAUUUCCAUUUUCGUCCAAGUGGAAUUUCAUCAGAGGGUGUUCCGCAAACAUUGCUAUUUGUGCAUCAAUCCGAAUUUCAACGAAAAAUGUUAAUGAAGUAUGGGAGCACAGUGGUGAUGGAUAGCACAUACAACACUUCCAAAUACAAUGUAUGUGUCUUUUUUAUGGCUGUGUUGACUGGAACAGGAUACCUCCCAGUAGGGACUUUCCUACUGGAGAAAGAGACAGCGCAUGAGAUAAAAAGUGCGUUGGAGGUCAUCAAGGGCUGGUGUCCAAACUGGAAACCAAGAUCCUUUGUUUGCGAUCUUGAUCAGAGAGAAAUCUCUGCCGUAGAGGAAUGUUUCAAAGAUUGCAUUGUAUUUACAUGCAAGUUCCAUAGAGAGCAGGCAUGGGAUCGUUGGUUGCGAGUUCAUGAAAACAAUGCACUGCAGCACAAGGACGCUAUUUUGAAAAGUCUGCGGAAAAUUGCAGACUCUGACAAUGAAGAUGAAUUGUCUGUCAACAUAGAGUUGCUGAAAUCCUGUGAUUUGUAUAGCAGCAAUGUUAAAUUUAAGAACUGGAUUGAACGUUAUUGGCUGGCGAAUAAGGAGAGGUGGGCCAGGUGCUACAGAAGAAAUAUCAUUGAGCUGACCAUUUCAACCACCAAUGGUGUUGAAAGUAUGAACAAUUUGUUCAAAACUAAAUAUCUGACGAGAUGGGGAAGGAAGAAAAGCUUAUCAACACUGGUGACAGUGAUUGUAAACUCUUUCAUACCAGACUCGGAAAAACAGUUUGUAAGCAAGAAUGUGCUGGCUGGCAGCAGUCACAAACAAUACAACAAAUCGCUACCAGUUUUUCUGAAAGAUAAACCAAAAAAAUUCAUCAAACAUGUGAUGGACCGGUGGGAUAGAGUGGAGGCUACCUCCAUUAAAGAGAAUGGGUGUGAGUUCACUGUAGGUGAAUAUACGGUAAACCUUUCAAACCCAACAUGCUCUUGUCUCGAUUUUAAAGAUCGAAAUUGGCCAUGCAAGCAUAUGCUUGCAAUCAUAAUGCAUUGUCCAAGCCAUACUUGGGAUUCUCUUCCAACACAGUAUACAAAGAGUCCAUGUUUUAACCUUGACAAAGACUGUCAAUCGUUAGACAUCGUGUCUGAAGAAAGAUCUGUUGUUCUUUCAAAUGACAAACUUCGUGACAAAUGUCUCACUGUAUUAAAAGAAGCCACAAAUGCAUUGUAUACAGUGGACAGUGCAGACAUCCUUGAAAGUGUCCAUAAUGAGGUUAUUAAAUUGAAAGGUAUCAUCGAAAAAGGUCAAUACACAGGUGCACUUCGUGAAAAAGAAAGAAGGAAUAAAAGACCUACAAAAAGAGCACGGAUGCAAAUGAAGCAAACAGAACAAAUACACUCUGAACAAUCUGAAAUGGAGGAUGAAAUAGACAGAGUGUUGUUUGACAUCUGGGACCAUCCAGAGACACGUGAACAGAUAUUGAAGGUCGGUUCUUUCACCGUAUGGAACAACUCGUUCCAUUUUCUGAAGACCAUGCUUCCCGAUGAGAUAAUGGAUGCAUUUUUACAUCUGCUGUGUUUGCCUUUGGAUGGCAGUCUCCAUGUAGCAAGUACAGUAUGGACUGCCAUAUUUUUGGGACAAGACCCUGAUAAACACAGGUAUUUAAGCGAGGUGCAGAUACUGGAGUAUGAUCAUCUGGUUGGAGCAGUCAAUGAGGGUGGAUUCCACUGGUCUCUUAUAGUUGUGCAACCGAAAGACAACAAAGUAUUGUACAUAAAUCCGAUGGGGGAGCAGAAUGUUUCCCAGCAACAGAUCCUGCAACACUGGAUUAAAUUUGUGCACAUUCGGCGCUCAUCCAGCAUUGAUAUGGGCGGACCAACACAUUGGAACAUACUCUGCCCACGUCAUGCAAAACAGUCAGAUUCAAUAUCUUGCGGUGUCUACGUUUUAAAGUUAGCAGAAUGCUACCUGCAGAAUCAAUCCUUAGAGUUUGUGCUCAGCAAAACACAACUACUAGAAGAACGGAGACGAAUAGCCAGAAGACUGCUUUCUGAAGGGGGUAAAUAAUUUUAUUUCAAACAAAAACGAAACACUGUAUAUAUUUUAUCAUUUAUACUUAUCAUUUAUCACUUUUCCAUCAUUUUAUCAUUUAUCACUUUUCCACCAAAAUGUUUAAUAUGUUUUCAUUUAAAACCAAAAAAAAGCAAACUAUUAUUAUUAUAACUUACCAGUGUUUUUUAUCCAGAAAAGUUCUUUUUUGCUUUCUUAAGUGAAUUACUUUCCAUUGCUUUUUUACUGGAUUAUGAAAAAAAAUUGUUCAAUAAGGAAAAUGAUAGAAAAUGGCUUUACAAAUGAGAAACAAAUCAUUGCUAUAUGAUUAAAUUUUUAACCAGUUUUUCCGAAGGAAAAAACUGCUUAUUAGAUUGGCGAAUGCGGGCGGGCUGGCUGGCUGGCUGGCUGGCGGGCUGGCUGGCUGGCUGGCGGGCUGGCGGAAUAAGCUUGUCCGGGCCAUAACUAUGUCGUUCAUUGUCAGAUUUUAAAAUCAUUUGACACAUUUGUUCACCAUCAUUGGACGGUGUGUCGCGCGAAAUAAUUACGUCGAUAUCUCCAGGGUCAAGGUCACACUUUGAGUUCAAAGGUCAAAAAUGGCCAUAAAUGAGCUUGUCCGAGCCAUAACUAUGUCGUUCAUCGUCAGAUUUUAAAAUCAUAUGGCACAUUUGUUCACCAUGAUUGGACGGUGUGUCACGCUAAAUAAUUACGUCGAUAUCUCCAAGGUCAAGGUCACACUUUGAGUUCAAAGGUCAAAAAUGGCCAUAAAUGAGCUUGUCCUGGCCAUAACUAUGUCAUUCAUAGUGAGAUUUUAAAAUAAUUUGGCACAUUUGUUCACCAUCAUGGGACGGUGUGUCCCACGAAAGAAUCACGUCAAUAUCUCCAAUGUCAAGGUCGCCACGACUAAAAAUAGAUUUAAAAAAAAAAAAAAACUUACAAAGGGGGUUAAUUUUUUUUGGUCAUAUCAAAAGUUCAGUUUGAGUUUUCUCCCUUUAUCAGAUUUUUUUUUCACAAUGAAAACCUGGUUUUGUGACAAUUUUGUCCCUUGUUAUAAAUAUAUUGCAGUUUUUCAAUUUCAACCGUACCUGAAUAUAUGCAAUGUCAACAAGUUUCGAGUAAAUUUAUCAAAAUUAGAUAUGUCAUCACAUAGAUUAAAUAUCGAGACAGGCAGAUGGGCUAGACCUACACCAAUUCCAUUAGAUCAAAGAAAGUGUACUGUUUGUAAUAAACUCGAAGAUGAGUUUCAUUUUUAUCUUGAAUGUACAAUAUAUACUGAACUGCGAUCAAAAUAUAUUCCAUUGUAUUACAGACAACGACCAAACAUGUACAAAUUUAUCGAGCUAAUAACAUCAAAUAAUUAACUAUUAAUAAGAAAAUUUAGCUGUUAUAUUUAUCACUCUUUUAAGGUUCGAACGCAUAAUACAUAUGUGUCAUCAAUUUGAUUUAUUCUGAAAUGUUUUGUGCGGUAUAUAUCUUGUUGUAACUUUAAUUGCAUUUAGUAUGUACUGCAUAUUAAUUGUUGGGAUAGUACCUCAUAUGUAACGUGUUUUUAUUCACGUGUUUUUUAAUCUGUCUUUGUGUUUUAACGGUCACCUUCAAUGGACUGUCAAAACUGUAUUUGAAUGUAUUUAAUCAAUUGCCAUUAUUAUCUUUUUAAUUAAGGUUAUAUUAUAGUAUCGUUUCUGUUCCUAGAUGUAUUCUACGACAAUAUGGCUGCAUUUUUAGAACUGUUAUUCACUGAUUUACAACUAUUAUGUCACAUUAAAUACUGUACUUGUACCAUCUUUAUUUUCAUAGAGCAUACUACAUGACCUUUUGACCAUCUACAUUUUUGAUUGCGUAGGUGGUUUGUUUAAGGUUUAUGAUAUGCUUGUUUUUAAUAUCAAACGCAACCAGUUAAAACAUUUUGUUUCUCGUGUUUGUUUAACUACAGACACCUUGUCAUAAUGUCAUAAUAUCAGUUUAAUUAAAUAAUAUGUUGUUCUAUGAGCAGAGCCUUUGAGCUGCCAAUAUUUUCGUUUCGCAUAGGUAGCAAGCAAGGGAUAAUUCUUAUGAAAUCGAUACAAGCAUGAAAAAAGCAUAAUUGAUAUUUAGUUUAAUACUGUGUGCUAUCACGUGAAACGAAAUUUGUUACGCUAAGGUUAGUAAAACGUGUUAUUAUUAUGACAAUUGUCAUGUGAAGUGUGAAGACCCAAUAUAUGUACAAUUUGCUUAUUUGAUAUUUUGUUGUCAUAAUUAAGGUCCAUUACAAAUGAUGUAAUACAACCUAUUCAAUUACAUAUAUACUAUCAAUAGUUAUUAAUAUAAUUAUACCUAUAUUUAUGCCCCCCUUCGAAGAAGAGGGGGUAUAUUGCUUUGCUCAUGUCGGUCGUUCUGUCGGUCGGUCCGUCCACCAUGUGGUUUCCGGAUGAUAACUCAAGAACGCUUGGGCCUAGGAUCAUGAAACUUCAUAGAAACAUUGAUCAUGACUCGCAGAUGAACCCUAUUGAUUUUGAGGUCAUUAGGUCAAAGGUCAAGGUCAUGGUGACCCGAAAUAGUAAAAUGGUUUCCGGAUGAGAUCUAAAGAACGCUUAUGCCUAGGAUCAUGAAACUUCAUAGGUACUUUGAUCAUGACUCGCAGAUGACCCCUAUUGAUUUUCAGGUCACUAGGUCAAAGGUCAAGGUGACCCGAAAUAGUAACAUGGUUUCGGGAUGAUAACUGAAGAACGCUUAAGCCUAGGAUCAUGAAACUUGAUAGGUAAAUUGAUCAGGACUUGCAGAUGACCCCUAUAGAUUUUCAGGUCACUAGAUCAAAGGUCAAGGUCACAGUGACAAAAAACAUAUUCACACAAUGGCUGUCAUUACAACGUAGAGCCCAUAUGGGGGGCAUGCAUGUUUUACAAACAGCCCUUGUUAAUUAAACAUGUAUGAAUUGUUGCAAUGCAACAUAUUUUUUUUCUUUUUCUUUUUUGAAAAUUCAUGUAUUAUUUAUGUUGUAAACACUGUAUGCUUACUUAGUCCACUUGGGCUUUUGGCUUUCUGGAUGUGUUGUUUAAUAAACAAUAAACAAUAUGUAAGACAUAUCAAACGUACUGAUAAAUACUAUUGUUUAUAUAGCAUUCAACAUGACUUUUGGACCAUGUAUAUGUUAAUUUCGUAGGUGACCUGUAUAGGGUUUAUACAAUGAUAUUAAAUAUAAAUUAAUAUCAAACGUUGUCUUUUCAGUGCAUUUUGUUGUGUUUGUUUAUUUAGAUAAUUGAACUGAUUUAUAACAUCCAUUUAACAAAGUUCAUUGUUUCCAGAGCCUAUAUUUCUGUUUCGUACAGGUAGACUGUACGGGCCGACGUUUAUGCUAUUAUUACAUGCAUGUGUUUUAAUUGACUUUUAUUUUAGAAGAUCUGUCAACAAGUCUUUUACAAGCCUGUUACUAUCACAAACUGUUCUACUAACCUUAAACAUAUGAUGUAUAUAUAAAUGUACUAGUAACAUACAAAUAUUCAUAAUAAAACCGACUAUGUUAAUUCUGAUUAGUACAAAGUGUUUUUAUUAGUACAUCUUGCUUAUGGAGACCUAAUAAAUGUAAAUUACAGUAUAUUUUGUAUAUUGCAUUAAAUUGAGUUUAUUAGCCUCAUACACUCUGACGCACUUAGGAUAUAUUUAAUUACAUGUAUACUUUCGAUAAUUAUUUAUGUUCUAGUGUAAUGUAUAAUAACUCAUAAUGUAUAAUAAAUCAUGUAUGCACCGUUGUAACCAAACGAUUUUAUUUCUUUUCAUGACUUUAUUUUGUAUAAUCAUAAACUGUGUAUUGUGUAAACACUGUAUCAUGUAUGCUUGAUUUGUCCACUUGGGCUUUUGGCCUUCUGGAUGGAUUGUUUAAUAAACUAUGUUCUAAAAAAUGCAAAGGUUUCGUG